GCUAAUAAGGGGCAGCUCCAGCAAGUAUAAAGUUCCAGCUUCCUUUCCUGACUCCCUCCCAAGCUUCUCUGCAUCCCUCUGAAUGGCACCCACUUCUUACCGCUACUCCCAACUGCCCACGGAUGAGUUCGCAAAGAACCUGGGGGACCUCAAGCUGCCAGUGCGGGUAUGGGUCCUGCUGGGCCUACUGGUGGUAGUGGUGGUCGGUCUGUCUGUGGCAGUAGGCGUUUUUGCUGUCCAGGCCAAUAGCCCAGCUUGCAAGGAUGGCCUCCAGGCUGAGCAGGAGUGUCGAAACAUCACCCACCUCCUGGAGCAGGAGCUGACCCGGGCCCAGGAAGUCUUACGGGGGACCGAGGCCCAAGCUGCCACUUGCAACCAGACUGUGGAGACCCUGAAGAUUUCCCUGGAAGAGGAGAAGGCUGCGGGCCACAAGCAACAGGAGCUGGUGCAGAAGCUUCAAGACGUGAUCAAGACAUUGAAUCAGUCGCUGCAAAAUAAAUCCUCCCAGCUGGAGAAGAAAUCCGCGGAGCUGGAGAAACUAAGAUUAGGCACAUUCCAAUCUGGUUGAGGGCUGUUUGCCCAGGGACAUGGGGAUUAACCUCAGAAUGCAGUCCAGGCUGCUUUUCAGAGAGUUUCCUGUCAUUUUGGAAAGAACAACCUGGUCCCAGAGGCGCUUUCUCCCAUUUGGCCUGCAAUCCAUCCUAAUAAACUUUCAUAGGAUUCAUCCC